AUGCGGACGCUCGGCAUGUCCAUCCACCCGGCUCCAUGUCCGCUUCCGCAGCCAUCAGUCCCGUCUGCGCAUUUCGAGGGGGCGUCACCCAGUAAUGGUGAGCCCACACCUGCUGAUGUCAGGCCCAAGAAGGAGAAGCAGGAUCUCCCAGCCGCUCCCGUGACUCCGGCACCACAGCCGAUGGUCUCGCGCUCUGCCAGGUAUCGCCUCCGUCCGGGGAUCAAGAAUGCAGGACGGCCCGCGCGUCAGACCAGCAUGCUUACCGUGUACGGUGGGCGGCCUGCAUCCAGCCGCUGGACAGGUGUGAGCUGGUGCGCACGCGGCCGAAAGUGGGGUGUCAAGAUGGUGUGCGGCCCAGGCACAGGUCAGCAGAUUCGGCUGGGCGCAUAUACUGUGGAGCUCGAUGCGGCGUAUGCGUAUGCCGCGGCAGCCUUUGUAAUCAGGCGUAAUGACCACAUCCAGCACGUGAAGGAGCUGACGGACGAGGAGAAGGAGUGCCUGGUGGAGUGUGUUCGCGACGACUUGCGUCAUCUGGUCAAGGCACGGAUGUGGUGGAGGUGGCGUCAGUGGAGGACAGCGCUGGCAGAGCUGGGCAUCGAGCCUGGUACUCCAUGCCCACUGGAAAACAGUGGCACUCGGUCGCCGGACAACAGCAGCAGCGAUGAAGACGUGCAAGACAGGAUGGGUCAUGGUGUGGAGACGGUGUGCGAUUAG